AUGCUCUCAAAGACAUUUAAGGAAAAGAUUUCAUUGCUUAAAGGGAAGAACGAGCAAGAAAAAGAAGAAGAAGGAAAGAAAAAUAAUGAAAUGAUGAAUGUAAUGAAUGCUUUACUUCUCCAGAAUGAAAAUUAUUUAACUUGCGAGAUGUGUGUAGGUUAUCACAAUGUUGCUGCCUUGCUUGCAGACGCACUCAGUGCCAGUAUGAGUGUAGUGUCUUAA